AUGCCAGAGGUGCUUUAUGAAUCAAUACUCGUCGAAAGCAAACCACCAAAGCACCCAGGGCCCAUGGUUGUCCACCUUUACCCAGAACCCGUUGCACAUGCUGUCAGCGAAAAGACGUUUCAACUAUACACAACUGAGAAUGACGUCUCUCUACCUUGGGACUUGAUCGGUCGGGGAUAUCAUAUACCAGAAUACGGGUUAGCUCCAAGUUGUGUGUCUUUAGCGCGCGAGUGGCUCGACGCAUGUGGACACGCCCAAGGAAAACAUGCGAACUGUACCAAGACCACCAUCUCAACGCUACCAACAAGGGUCAUAUCAGUUGGGAACGACAAAGUAUCACCCAGGCUUGUGGUCACUGAGCCCAACCAGCAAGCGCACUAUGCAGCUCUGAGCCACUGUUGGGGAGGAAAAACGCCAACAAUGACCACUGUAUCCAAUCUGGAAGCAUACACUAUUUCGCUUCCUAACGAUCUUCCACGGACUUUUCUAGAUGCUUUGAAAGUGGCUCGAGCGCUGGAGAUUCCCUACAUAUGGAUUGACUCCUUGUGUAUUAUCCAGGAUUCUCCAGAGGACUGGAAGCAUGAAGCCUCACGAAUGGCUCAAGUAUAUGCCAACGCCCAUGUGACCAUAUUUGCCGACGCUGCACCGGACAGCACAUCCGGCUUUUUGUCGCCACCAUCACGAAACGCUCCCAAAAGGUUCGUUGUGCCAUACAGAAAUGACCAAUCCAGCUCGGGUGUUGUGCAUAUCCGCGAGCGUGGGUUCUUAGCCCAGCAACUUCCGUAUCAUACAUGGAGUAGUAGAAGAAGUGGUUUAGGCCAAAGCAAGUUAUCAACGCGGGGUUGGGUGUUUCAGGAACGGCUACUGUCACCGCGAACCCUCCACUUUUCGCGGAACGAGAUGGCUUGGGAGUGCAGAUCCGUAUGUGAGUGUGAAUGCUCAGCGACGUCUCUGAGGACUCUCCGCACCACAAGUGUGAUGAAGCACUUUCUCCAUCCUCAGGAUCCUGAUGUUUCUUUGGCUGAGGCCAACUGGAGGUCUGAAAUCGUCCCCGCAUAUACGGAGCUAGACCUCACCUUCGCGACUGAUAGACUCCCCGCUAUUCAGGGCCUAGCUAACGCUACCCAAAGGCUCAGAGGCAAUGAUGAAUACAUUGCUGGCCUUUGGCGAAAAACAAUAAAGGCCGACCUUUUGUGGCAUCGAAAUGCAGGCGAUGGUAAUGCUCAAAGAAUCAAGGAUGGGGGUGCUCCAACAUGGUCGUGGGGAUUUGUCACUGGACCAAUCUACUACUCAGACAGGAUCUUACCCAGUGAUUCAGAUUUGCAGAUCCUGGAUAUCAUGACCAGCGAAGAGAAAAGCCCGAUCCUCGUCAUCCGUGGCCAUCUCGUUAAUGUGAAACUUGAGGAUCCUUAUAGUGACACUGUAUCUUUGGGCCCUGAUGACAGUCUAAGAGUGGAAUGGGACUCCGAGGGGCUUCAAACUGAAUCUAACAAAAUAUCACCAUAUUUCUUGGUAUUCGAGGCAGAUGAUGGGGGACCAUUUGGCCUAUUACUCAACGCCGAUCGAAACGAUCCAACAGGUCAGCAAUUUCGGAGAAUUGGAUAUAUCCACGGGCAUAGCAUCUCGAAGUGGCGUCGCUCAUGGGGUAGUGGUGGUUGGGCAUCUAGUCCGGAUAGCAGUGCGUCUGAUACCUCAGGUGGAAUAUGGGAGGAUGCUGGUAAGGAGGGGGCGAGAGAGUGGGUUGAUGAGAUAUUCAAAGGCGAACCUGUAACUUUUAAAUUGAUCUAG